AUGUCAGGCUAUCCCCCUCAUCAACCACCAUCCGGCUACCCGUACGGUGCGCCACCUCCUUCUCAGUCAUAUUCCUCCGCUCCAUACGGUGCGCAACCGCCAGGUCCACCACAGACCGGUCAAUCCUCUGCCUAUUCGGCAGUCUCCACCCCUUACUCAGCCCCUUCAGCUCCCCCAUACAACAAUCCCUCCGACCCCCACAAGCCACCGAAAGAUAAUUCUUAUUCUCAGCCCUCUGCCCCCUAUGGUGCGCCUGCACCACAAUCUUACGGUGGGUACCCUCCGCCACCCUCUGCGCCGUACGGAAGCCCCUUUGCUGCUCUUGUCCCCUCUGCUUUCCCUCCCGGCACCGACCCCAACGUGAUAGCGGGCUUCCAGAUGGCUGACCAGGAUGGCAGUGGGUUUAUUGACGAUAAGGAGCUCCAGAGGGCGCUUUCGUCGUACAAUCAGAGCUUUAGCUUGAGGACUGUCCAUCUUCUCAUGUACCUUUUCACCAACACCAACACCAGAAAGAUCGGCCCAAAGGAAUACACACAAGUUCAUUAUAGUCUUCAGAACUGGAGGGCAAUUUUUGAGAGAUUUGACAGGGACAGGAGUGGGAAAAUUGAUUCGGCAGAACUAAGAGAAGCUCUUCUCAACCUUGGAUUUUCAGUAUCACCUAUGGUUUUGGAUUUGCUGGUUUCCAAGUUUGAUAAAAGCGGUGGGAAAAACAAGGCUAUUGAAUACGACAAUUUCAUCGAGUGCUGCCUCACUGUUAAGGGACUGACUGAAAAAUUUAAGGAGAAGGACACUGCUUACUCUGGCUCAGCAACUUUCACUUACGAAUCCUUUAUGUUAACCGUUUUGCCUUUCCUCAUUGCGUAG